UACAUUGAGAAACAUGGCUGCGCGCAGCUCAGAUGAUGAAUCUGAUCAGUGCUCUGAAGAACAGCAGCCAGAUCCGGCCAGUGGGUCUGAUGAGUCUGCAGCCGAAGGCAACGAGGCCUGGGCCGAUGUGCUCAGCAAGCUACUGCGUACAAAGGAGCCGAGGACGAAGACUCCCAUUCUUUUCAAAGCGAAAAAGGACGGACAGCAGAAGCGCCAGAAGCCGACCACUGUCCUUGAAAUUGUGGGUGAGGAAGGGGAAGUCAAGGAACAGGAGACACAAAAACUACCCGAUGAACCAGAGUUUCUUUCCAGGCGAGAAAUUCGGGAAAGGAAAGAAAAGAGGCGAAAAUGGGAGGAAAUGAGCCGGAUAAAACCGGUGCAUGAUGACUGUGAAAAACGGUUAAGGAGCAUUGCCACUAGAGGUGUUGUACAGCUCUUUAAUGCCGUCAAAGCUCAUCAAAAGGAAGUCGACGAGAAGCUCCGUGCCGCCGGUCAGUCAGAGACAAAGCGAGACAAAGUGUUGAAGUCUUUUAGCAAGGGCGCAUUCCUUGAUAUGCUCAAGGAUAAGAAGGAAACAUCAUCUGACAAGCAGCAGUCAUGGGGAGUGCUUCGAGAUGACUUCAUGCUCGGUGCUGAGAUGAAGGACUGGGAUAAAGAAGAGGAAGAAGUCUCUUAGUUGUUGCUUUUUGUGAAACGGCAUUUGUGACAAACAGCAGAGGAGCCGACCACGCACGUCACACCCCCUGUAUAAAGUCAAUUCCG